GAGCGGCCGCCGCAACCGUCCCUCGCCGCAGGCCUGUUUGUGGUGGAGAAGGGCGGGGCGACACAGUGAGGCGACCCAACCUCUCUCACUGUGUGACUGUGGUCCGGAGAGGAGAGGAGACGCUCGGCUCGGGGUGUGUGGGGGAGGGAGGGAAUCUCACCGCAACAGCACGGGAGACACGUUUAAUGUCUUAGAGAGAGAGAGAGAGAGAGGGGGAAGAAGAAAGAAGAAGGAAGAAAACAAAUAAAUAAAUACGAAACGCUCACGCGCGCCAACCGUCGAGCCAAAGGCAGAGGAUUGCGCAUUUCUGACUGUCGAAGGAGAAUAUAAGAUCCUGCUAUGAAUGGUGACUCUGGUGUAGGGGUGGUUACUUCACCACCCCCAUCUGCUCCACACAAGGAGAAAUACUUUGACCGAAUUGAUGAGAACAAUCCUGAAUACCUCAGAGAGAGGAAUAUGCCUCCUGACUUGCGCCAGGAUUUCAAUAUGAUGGAGCAGAGGAAAAGAGUAUCCAUGAUUCUUCAGAGUCCGGCUUUCUGUGAAGAACUGGAAUCAAUGAUUCAAGACCAACUCAAGAAGGGAAAAACUCCUACCAGUCUACUUGCAUUACAACAGAUUGCUGAUUUCAUGACAACAAAUGUACCUAGUAUGUACCCAGCUGCACCACAAGGUGGAAUGGCUGCAUUAAACAUGAGUCUUGGAAUGGUUACACCUGUGAAUGACCUUAGAGGGUCUGAAUCUGUGGCAUACGAAAAAGGAGAGAAACUACUGCGUUGUAAGCUGGCAGCCUUCUACAGACUUGCAGACCUCUUUGGCUGGUCACAACUCAUCUAUAAUCAUAUAACUGUCCGAGUCAGUUCAGAGCAGGAACAUUUCCUUAUUGUACCUUUUGGCCUUUUGUACAGUGAAGUGACUGCAUCUAGUCUGGUUAAGGUUAAUCUUCAGGGCGAUAUAGUUGACCGUGGCUGCACUAAUUUGGGAGUAAACCAAGCAGGCUUCACCUUGCAUUCUGCCAUCUAUGCAACUCGACCCGAUGUUCGAUGUGUUGUGCAUAUUCACACACCAGCUGGAGCUGCAGUGUCUGCAAUGAAGUGUGGUCUGUUGCCAAUCUCUCCUGAGGCACUAGUACUUGGGGAGAUAGCUUACCAUGAUUACCAUGGUAUCAUUGUGGAUGAGGAAGAAAAAGUACUCAUACAGAAAAACCUCGGCCCCAAAAGCAAGGUGCUUAUUCUAAGAAACCAUGGUCUGGUAACUGUUGGAGAAACCAUUGAGGAAGCAUUCUAUUACAUUCACAACCUGAUUGUAGCCUGUGAAAUACAGGUCCGUACAUUGGCCAGUGCAGGAGGGCCUGACAAUUUGGUACUGUUGGACCCUGGAAAAUACAAAGCAAAAUCUCGCUGUCCUGAAUCUUCAGGAGGUGAUGACAGUGUCUCGCAUCCAAAGUGGCAAAUUGGGGAGCAAGAAUUUGAAGCCCUGAUGAGAAUGUUGGAUAACCUGGGUUACAGAACUGGUUAUCCUUAUCGUUGUCCAGCUCUGCGAGAAAAAAACAGGAAUCGCAGUGAUGUUGAGAUCCCUCCCUCUGCCACAGGUUUUUCUUUUCCAGAGGACAGUGACUCUGGCUCUCGCUCCCCUCUCAAGCAGAGUUCUCAGAAACAACAGCGAGAGAAGACAAGAUGGCUGAAUGCAGGCAGCACAGGCAGAGUUGAUGAAGUUCCUGAAGAAUCUAGGAACGGUGGCAGCCCCAAAUCGAAGACUAAGGUGUGGACGAACAUUACACACGAUCACGUGAAACCCUUGCUGCAGUCUCUCUCGUCCGGUGUCUGCGUGCCAAGCUGUAUUUCCAACUGCUUGUGGACAAAAGAUGCCGUUGGUCCAAUUCCCAAUCAAUUUGUGCCACUAAAUACUGAUCCACGUGAGUUCAAAGAGAUGAGAAACAAGAUUCGGGAACAAAAUUUGCAAGAUAUAAAGACUGCAGGCCCUCAGUCUCAAUUACUCUGCGGUGUUGUUCUGGAUAGGUCUUUAGUCCAGGGAGAAUUAGUGACUGCAUCAAAGGCAAUCAUUGAGAAAGAGUACCAACCGCGAGUUAUUGUGAGCACUGCACCCAAUCCUUUUAAUAAACUGACAGACCGUGAACUUGAAGAGUACCGCAAAGAAGUCGAACGCAAACAGAAGGGACCUGAAGUUGAGGAAACUGCAGUCCACAUUGGUGAGGUCUCAGAAAAAAUUGGGUUCGCUCAAGCACACCAAGAAUGCUCUGAUGGCAAACCAGAUGAAGUGGCAAUUAUACCUCAAAGCCAUCAUGCCCAGGAGCAAGUGACUGCUGAAAGUGUCCAAAGCCAGAAUGAGUCAUCCAUAUAUGAAUCUAUACAUAGCCAAGAUAAUGUGACUGAAACACAAUCUCACGCAAGUGAAGGAUAUCCUACAGAGGCCGAGUCUCGUUCAAAUCAUGAGCAGGUUUCUGGUCAGGAAUCUCCCUACAGUGUAGGCCAGGUCUCCGGGCACCUCAACUUAAAUCAGGUGGACACUCAAGAGUCUCUCCACAACCAACUACACAGUGCCGUUGUCAAGGCACUUAGCCCUACUGGAGAUCGUAUUCCUUCAUCAGACCCCUCAGAGCUUUUAGAUCACCUACCAGAGGAAGUAAAAGCAAAUGAAGAGCCUCGUCCUGCAGAUCACACCCCCACCCGCACUCCCCCCAGCACUCCCACAAAGUUAGAUGAAACUCAACCAGAGCAGACAUACAAGGAUUGCAGCCCUGCAACUAUUCAACAAACCCUGCCAGAACUUACCCCUGAUGAGCCCUCAGAACCGCUGAUCUGCCAGACUUCUGAUAAAGAGGAGUCGGAUAGCUCAAGCAAAAAGCUUGAGCUUGCCACUGUCGAGAUCCAAGAAAUACCAUCCCCACCUUCUGAGCAGUUGCAAACUCCACCACCUGAGGAUGUGGCUGAUGCAGGCAGUGAUGAAUCUCCCAGCAAGUCUCCUUCAAAGAAGAAGAAAAAAUUCCGUACUCCUUCCUUCUUGAAGAAGAACAAGAAGAAAAGUGAUUCCUAAAUCCUUAGCUCUGGAGAAUGCUGUUAUUUCAUAAACCAGAUUUAUAAUUAACUUGUAGAAUGUACAAGAUUGUAUUGUUAGUGGUUGUCUUAAUAAAGCAUCUAUGUCAUUUAAUGGAAUGCAAAGAAGUCUAGUAGAGCUUGAUUGGUAUUGAACAGUAAUGGGACAUUUUUGACAAAAGGUGCUAAUCCUUUCAGUACAGUAGAUGCAAUCCACUGUUUAAUCCCAGUAUUCUUUGCCAAUUUGGGUUGUGAUAGGAAACAUUGAAGCCAGAGAAACACUUUAUAGGAUUAUGGUUACCUAAUUGCUUUUGUUAAUGUAAUACACAGAUAUUGUCAUAAUGACCUAUAUUUUACCACGUGUGUAAGACAUCCUGCGCAUGACUCUUUAAAUUCCAGCCAUCUGUGGUGCUGUGUGAAAGUGUGAGGAUGUUUUAAAUGGAAGCAUUUUCUCAAUGGAGCAUGUGGCUUGUAUAUCAGCACCAAUCAUGAAUUGCUUACAAUAAAAGUAGUGGUAACAGCUAUAGAUAAGAUAGUGAAUAGAAGUUUCUUUUGAUUGUGACAAGUAUCCCUUUUGUUGGUCCACAUAGUGUUUUAGAAAGAGAGAAUAGUGUUUGUGGUCGGUUGCUUUCUGUGAAUUACCGCAUAAUGAGUUCCCAGACUCAGUUGGACAGUGCAAAAAGGUGCCGUGCAAAGGCAAACUGCUUUCCCUGCCAUAAUGAGUUACCUUCCGUGUGCUGCUCUCGUACACGUCGCAGCUAGUUCAAGAGCAAAAUAGGAACUGGUAACUGAAGGAAUAUAGACUUUAUCCAUUUAAUCUCUUGGCUAUCUUGGGGGUGGGAGGGGAAAUCAAAUAAGUGUACACAACAGACUUAUUCUCAGUUUACACAAUUGGAGAUGAUAGCAAGAAUACUUUGUAUUUUAAUGUUGGCAUCAUAUGUAAUGGCUUCUAAAUGUUUUGCUCAACUCCAUAAAUCUUAGGAAAUGGAUGAUGUAUGUCGUAUUUUUGUUUUUCAUAUACCUGUAUAGUUUUGAAGUACUGAGCCAACAAAAGGGGUAUUGUAUCUUUUUGAAAUUAAAUUCAUGUUGGGUAGAUAUAUGCCUUUUCCAGUUUACUUGUUACAAAGGCAUUUUCACGGUAGGGAAACUAUAGUUUUUUUGUAAAUCCAUCACAUCACCAAUUAACAGAAAUGAUCUAGUUAACCUGGCUGUUUCUGAGACAGUAGCUUGGACCAUCUCAUGUAUUUACUGUGUGUCCGCAUCACUCUACCAGCAUGCAAGGUUACAUGAAAGGAAACCCUAAUGAUUUGCUAUUGCACAUUUAUAGCUUUUUAACUUUCACCAUAAUGUUGGAUGUGCAAUAUCAAUUACCUUUUUUGUUACCUUGGUAACUGAUUAUGAUCAAUGAAUUAGGAAAAAAUAGUUAAGAUAACUAUAUAAACCUUUUUAAUCUGAAAAUUAAUGGAAUUCUCUGUACCUGAGAUUGAUGUUACAGUGCUUCAAUUGUACAAUUUUAAAAUAUCAAUUUGAGGAAAAUCUAUCAAAAAGGGUACAUUACAUGUAAUUAGCCUGCAUUUGAAAUGCUCUCGCCCCCCAGGAGGAAACUAUUUGAUAUGAAAUGUUUAGCAUGCUGGCGAUUUGAUGACAUGGCACACAUGUCAAACUGCCUAAGGUUCUGUCUGAUUUUCAGAAUAAGUCUGUUUGUGGGUUAGUGCGGGCUAUAUUGGAAUCAGCAGCAAACAAGAGUAUAACUUGCAAAUAACAGAUGUUUAAUAAAGACUGCAUGACAUUGCUGGCUUACGGCUUGUAUUUUACCCUUGUAUGACUUCUGUACACUGAGCAGUUUUAUUAAGUUCCUUUAUGCUAAUCUGUUAUAAUUGAUUGCCAAGUUUAUAUAAUAACCAGAUGCCAUUGGCUAGUUAUUCCACUUUUCACAAUGUUUGGGUUAUUAAUUCCUUUCGCUUAUGUAACGAUUGUAAACACCUGAUUUUUAUUCUAGCCUUCAAGUAUCUUUGUAUCACUACAUGAAACAAAAAUGUAUUACUUUUUUUGAAGAUAUCUAAUUUUUCUGUUUCAUUGUAACAUUACGUUUCAUUCACAAAUAAAAUUUUCUUUAG